UCAAGUUCUGGGAAAAGUAGUAUCAUCAGAUUUAUAUAUAAUGAACAUCUCAACACAAUCAAACAAAAAAAUUGGAAUAAAUUAUAUACAUUAUAUUUAGGACAACAUAUUGAUAUAAAAGCACUAAUAGGAGACAAUACUAUAUCUGAAAUUCCUGGACAAUUUUAUUGGAAACCAGGAGUUUUAACUCAGUCGAUCUUGAAUGGUUAUUGGCUUGUUUUGGAUGGAUUGGAAUAUUGCUCCCCAGAAUUCUUGGUUUUACUUACUUCCAUAUUAGAAACUAAUCAAAUUUACAUACCACCACUUAAAAAACACGUUUCAUUUAACCCCAACUUUAGAUUGUUGAUCACAGUAAAUGUUUCUCCUUUUGCCAACACUUCCUUGAAUAUGUUAAACCACCCUGUCAACAUAAAGAGAUUUUUCAAUGCCAUUGAAUUACCUGCAUAUUCUAAAACGGACAUCAUAGAAAUAUGCAAGGGUAAAUAUUCCAAUUUAGAUGACAUCAUGAUAGAAUGCCUAGUCGAUAUUUACCAGAUAGUGGUGAGCCAUAAUAACAGAUAUAACGUGGAAGAUUUUGAUUCAUUAACCAUUAAAUCAAACAAUUUUAAUUCACACUUUGAUCUAAGAAAUUUUUUCAAAUUCUGUCGUCGUAUUAGCCACAUUAUCUUCAAAAUCGAAACAUCUUCACAAGACAAAAGCAGCCUCUAUAUCUUUUUUCACGCCUAUGAUUGUUUUGUGGCACAUAUGCAGGAUUUAGAUAAAAAAACCGAAUAUUCGAAUCUUAUAGGAGCUAGAUUGAAUAUUGAUGCCAAAAAGAUCGAGCAUUAUCUGACCGUUUACAAACCUCUACUUAUUAUCGAGCCAGAUACCAUCAGGUGCGACAUUGGAGCAUCGGUAAUACCGAGAAAUAAUUUUGGAUAUUCUAAAACUGUAUAUUAUAAUCAUAAUACUUCCAAAAGGCAAAAAGUUGCUUCAUUCCCCCAAAAAAAUUUUGAAAAAAAUGCUGACGCAGAAAUUGGGUUUAUUAAUAAUAUAGCCAAGCCCAAAGACCUUAUUGAACCAAGUCAGAGCUUACAAAAAAAUUUAAAGUACAAUUUUUAUCUCACCAAACAAGCUUGCAAUACCUUGAGAUGUGCUAUUGAAGCAAUCGCGCUUAACGAACCUCUCUUACUUGUGGGAGAAACUGGGGGUGGUAAAACAAGCCUGAUUCAAUAUUUAGCAGAUACGAUCUACCCACAAGAAUAUUCAGAAAAAGAAUCGAAUGGCACCAAAGGAUUGGACAUUUAUGAUUAUUCAAAUAAGGCUAAGUUGGUUGUCAUAAAUUUAAGCAAUCAAACCGAGAUUGAGGACUUAUAUGGGUGCUACAGGCCCAGAACUUUAGGAGGUCAUGGAAUUCAAAACUCCAAGGUCAUCAAAAGUAACGAAGAUAACACACCAGAUACCAAGGACCUAGAGAUGUCCAGUAGGUUAUAUUACGAAGAUCUGUUACUCAAUCGAGAAUCCAUAAGACGUUUCGAAGUAUUGUUUGUUUCAACCUUUUCUAUCACCAAGAAUAAGGCGUUUUUCGGUAAUUUUAAAAGACUUUUGGUUAGCAGUAAUCAUAAUGAACCUAAAUGGCGAGAGGCUUACCAUAUGAUGACAUUCAGCUGCGAUAAAGCGGAACAGAAGCUGAAAAGGGAUUGUGAACGAUUGGAAAAAGAAUUGAAAGAUGAAGCCAAAAUGAAAAGCGAUAAUGAUGAUAAUGUUGAAUCAAGUGUAGAAAAUGAUCUUACCGAUAAUAAAUUAAAAUGUUUAAGAAGGUUAGCUAUCGAAUGGAGACGGUUCCUUUCGAGAUUGCACAGACUCAAGAAUUAUAUUGAUAAUAUGAAAAAGAAUAAGGGAUCGAAUCCCACCAUCUUCUCAUUUAUUGAAGGAAUUCUUUUGCGAGCUUUCAAACGAGGUCAUUGGGUUUUGCUAGACGAAAUUAAUUUGGCAUCUGAUGAAACCCUCCAUUCUUUAUUUAGUAUUUUGGAAGAGAACAAAAUUUUUACCAUAGAUAAUAAUAAUACAAAUUGUUCCGAACAAUUGAACCUAAAUCAAUCACAGGCAGAUUAUGAUGCAAACGUUGACCAGUUUUCCGUGAACGCUCACCCAAAUUUUAGGCUGUUCGCUUGUAUGAACCCUCCUAGCAAGAUUGAGAGUCAGAAGCGGUCUUUAGAUCCUAGACUCAGGAAUAGGUUCACAGAAGUUUACAUAGCGGAUUUAGAAGAUAGAGCUGACCUCAGACUUAUCAUUGACUCCUAUUUGUCUAGAGGAGCAACUGGAAACGCAAAGAAGCAAAAUAAUCUCUUGACCAAACGCAUGAUCGAAAACAUGAUCGAUUUUUACCUGGCCAUUCGAAAAUCGGUAACCGAUAAAUCACUUUUCAAAAUUAAUCACAAAUUAAUCAAUAUUGCCUCACAAUCCUUGCCUCCGGCGUAUACCCUGAGAUCAUUGUGCCGGACCAUCCAAUUGGUAUCCCAGUGUUGGCAAAAUAAAAAUCUCUACAUGACUCCUUACAACAAAUCUUUAAAUGAUAUAGUCUACGAGGCAUUUAUGACGGUAUUCUCCUCCGAAUUAGAUAAAGAAUACCUUCCUAACCUAAAAUCGCUAUUCAAAACUACCCUAUUUAAUGGCUACGAUUUCGAGAAACUUUACAAGAGAAUGGAAAAAAAUUCCUUCUCUUUGUCAAAUACACCUUUUAUCGACCAUACAAAAAAUCAACCAAGCACAGCUAAAAUCGAUGGAUAUCUAUCGAUAGCCAAUUAUUAUUUGCUGAAAGGGGACGCGGAAAAUGUUUUCGACAAAAAAUUUAUUUUUACGCCCUCGGUACAAUGUUAUUUGAGUUCGAUAGUCAGAGCUCUGCAUUAUAGACGUUUCCCCAUCUUAUUACAAGGACCUACAUCUGUUGGGAAGACCAGUUUGAUUACAUGGUUGGCUAAAUAUUUGGGUAUAAUCUGCGUUAGGAUAAACAAUCACGACAGCACAGAGAUCGCCGAUUACGUUGGCAGAUACAGAUAUGAUCCCCAGAUGGAUUCAUUUUACUUUCAAGAAGGUCCCCUCACUACAGCCAUGAAAAAGGGCCAUUGGGUCAUUUUAGAUGAACUAAACUUAGCUCCGAGCGAAGUUUUAGAAGCCCUCAAUCGGGUUUUGGAUGAUAACAGGGAACUUAUAAACCCCGCGUUCUCCGAAAAUCAAAAUUGUAACGAAGAAACCAUAAAAGCCCAUGAAAGAUUCACGAUUUUUGCCACUCAAAAUCCCGCUUCGGCGAUCUACAGCGGAAGAAAACAACUUUCCAGAGCUUUUAGAAAUCGCUUCUUGCAGGUCAACUUUUCCCUACUGCCUUAUGAAGAAAUCAAAGUCAUUUUGCGUGAAUCAUGGCAUCUGUCGACCAAAACAUGUGAUAAAAUGGUCGCCAUCAUGAUGGAUCUCCAAUGCAAACGCUCAAAAAAUUCUGUGUUUUUCGGUAAAGAAGGGUUUAUAACUAUAAGGGAUCUAUUUAAAUGGGCUAAUCGAUACGAUACUUUGGUGGGCGGCGAUGAUGAGAUAACUAAUUUGUUAAGACGUGAAUGGAACCUCAAUUUAUUAGCUUUGACCGGCUAUACCCUUCUAGCCUCGCGUUGCAGGACUCAAGAAGAUUUAUGCAUCAUAAAUGACAUUUUUAAUCGCAUUUUCAAUGAACAUAAAUCGUCUGUUUACAACAUUUCUGAUAUGGAAAAUUACCUAUUUAAUUCAGAAACGGAACUGUUUACUACUUUGAAAACUAGGAUAAUCGAAAAUUUUCGAGAGUUCGACCACAUUCAUUGGACCUUUAACACCAGACGCAUAUUGAUAUUGACCUAUCUUUCGGCUUAUUUUAAGGAACCCGUUUUAUUGGUUGGACAGACUGGUUGCGGUAAAACAACAAUUUGUCAAAUAAUUGCCGACCUUUUCAAGCAAACCUGCUACACCAUAAAUUGUCAUCAGCAAUCUGACGCUUCAGAUUUUGUUGGCAGUUUAAGACCUUGCCACGACAGCGAUGAGCAACAAGCGAUGAGUACUGAUUAUGUGAACAACGACUUAAAGGCUCCAAAAGGUACUGUACAUAUGAAAAAUCUCGGUGAGCCCAAGGGAGAGGAGCAUAUGGAGAUAGAUUUGGACGCUAAAUUUGUAAAUACACUUGAAUAUCACGUUGAAUCGGAUCCCCCGAAAGAUUCAAAAAGUAAAAAGAUGUUUGAAUGGAGGGAUGGGCUUCUUGUCAAAGCUAUGAAAGAGGGUAAUUCACUCCUUUUGGAUGAAAUAUCGCUCGCUGACAAUUCCGUGCUAGAGAGACUCAAUAGUGUACUGGAGGCUGACAAAAAGUUAGUUCUAAUUGAAAAAGGAAAUGAAACAUACGAUAGUUGCAUGGAAAUAAAGGCUCAUCAUGAUUUUCAUCUUUUUGCGACAAUGAAUCCCGGUGGUGAUUACGGGAAGAAGGAGUUAUCUCCCGCCCUUAGAAACAGAUUUACAGAAAUAUGGUGCGAUUCUAACGACGAUAUCAAAGACGUGGUAGGAAUAAUCACCCAUAAUUUGAAAUCGGCCCGGGUCGAAAAUACAAAUUCCCUCAUCAUAAAGGCGUUCGUCGAAUAUUACGAUUGGAUCAAAAAUUUUAAUAACUCGUCUCCUAAAAAUAAAGCUAGUUGGUUUAGUGGCGAAUUUUCUUCUCUCACUACAUUGCCUUCAAUAAAUUUGAACACUAGAGAUGUCCUACGUUUUACUCAAUUUAUGAAUUCUGCAACGUUCGAAGCAAAUAUUAAUAACUUUUGCCCUUCUAACUCAAUUAUGGACAUUAAUUUAGAAAAUUUAGCUGUAAAUUCGUUUACAAAUUGUAAUCUUAUUGUCGAACAAAUCAAGCGUUUUUAUCAUUCCGUCGCUUUGACCCUUUGGGAAAAAAUUGAUAUUGCGGCUUUCUUGAAUAAUUUACCCUCUCAUCAAAUAACCUCGAUUCAAGAAAUGUGUCAUUCUCGACUAUUGAAUAGUAUAUUCCAUAUUUACGAAGAAAUAUCAUUACUGAAUCACAUAGAAAGAGGUGUGUUUGAUAACGCGAAUGAACUCAUUUUUCAAUCUUCGCAUAUGGAAAUAGUCAAAAAUAGCAAAGUAUUUGGAAUUACUCCAUUCGUUUAUCAUAUAACAAAUCCUGAUCAUAUUAUGGACAGCUCAUCUAAUUUUGUUCUACACGCACCAACCGCUAGGGAAAAUAUGUUUAAAAUUUUGAGAGCAUUGACUCUGUCUAAACCGAUGCUAUUGGAAGGAUCACCUGGUGUGGGCAAAACUACCUUAAUCCAAGCUCUCGCGAAUUUUACUAACAAUAAGUUGGUAAGGAUAAAUUUGUCGGAACAUACAGAUGUAUGCGAUUUAUUUGGCGCUAAUUUACCCACAAAUGAUGGAUCUUUUGCGUGGAAGGAUGGACCAGUAUUGAAAGUACUCAAGAAUGGAUAUUGGUUGCUUAUAGACGAGAUAAAUUUAGCCUCUCAAUCCGUCUUAGAAGCCCUAAAUUCUUGCUUAGAUCAUAGAGGAAUAGUUACAAUUCCAGAAUUGGGCAGGAGUUUUAGCAUAAAAGAAGGGAAAACAGUUAUAUUUGCUUGUCAAAAUCCACAUUUUCAAGGCGGAGGUCGCAAAGUUUUGCCCAAAUCUUUUGUUAAUCGAUUCAUACAUGUAUACAUCAGAGACAUGAAUCCGCAGGAUUAUAUCAUUAUAUUAAAACACUCGUACCCAAAUAUACCAGAAGAUGUAAUAGCCGAUAUGGUCGCUAUAAACUUUGAAGUUAAAAGAUUAAGCAAAGAACUAACCAGAUACUCUAAUAUGUGGGAAUUUAAUAUACGGGAUUUGACUCGAUGGUGCCAAUUAUCUUUGAAAAACUCGAAAUACCAAGAAGACCUACUUUACGAUUCCUUUGAUUUGAUUUACAUAGCCAGGUUUAGGAACCCUCAACAUAAGAUCGCGAUAUCUACCAUAUUUUUUCGAAUUUCAAAUCACGAAAACCCCCUCCGCAAAAUUGAUGAAAAAAAUAGCGGCUUACCAUCUUCUCACUAUAAAAUGAUACAAACUCCUUUUCAUUUUUCGAGAACAACUUCCGCCUCAAGUAAUUUGCAGAUAGGUAGAUCCCUAUUAAAAAUAGCUAAUAAAUUAUCGGUGGAUUUCUUGUGCGGUAAUAAUUACAAUAAACCUUUAUGCCUGCUAAAAUCUCAAAUGAAGAACUUGGAACUCUUAGCCAGAGUGCUUCAGAUGAAUUGGAUGCCUAUUUUGAUAGGAAACACCGGAUCUGGCAAAACGAGUUUAGUCAGAAUAUUAGCCUCCUUAUCUGGAAAUAAAUUGAGUCAUUUUUAUAUGCACCCAAACACUGAUACUACGGAUCUUAUAGGAAAUUACGAACAAAAUGAUAGUCUUAGUGUUAUUGGUAAACUUAUCAAUCUAUACGAGUUACUACUAAGGAAAAUGGCGAAUCAUUACAUACUCACUGAAGAAGAUUGUCAAAGAAAAAUAGUACUUGAUCUUUUGCAAAAUUUAUCCCAGUAUUCCUUAAAUCUAUUUUCCCCUGCAAACUCCGCCAACGCCUCUCUGCCUUCCAUAUUUAUUGAAAUUAUGGAUUAUUUCCAGGAUUUACCUUUAAAUAGCCCUAUUGUGACGCAACUUAAAUACAAGGAUUAUAUAAAGGAAGCCGAAAGAUUGUUGCGAUCUUUGAACAAUAUUUUAACUUUAAACCCGACAAACAACGAAUCAGGACAAACUUUCAAUUGGAUUGAUAGUCUAUUAGUUCAGGCGCUAAAAGAUGGCUCUUGGAUAUUGAUCGAGAACGCCAAUUUGUGCAGUCCUGCCAUAUUGGAUAGACUAAUGCCUUUGCUAGAGCCCAACGGUUAUUUAGAAAUUCCAGAAAGAGGAUUCGUAGAUGGCAGCCAUGUUUAUAUAGUCAAACCACACUCAGAUUGCAGAAUUAUUAUGACUAUGAAUCUAUCCAAUGGAGAAAUAUCUAGAGCUAUGAAUAAUCGGGGAGUCGAAAUAUAUUUAGAUGACAUUACAUCAGAUGGUGCUGAAUCGGAUAUUAUAAGCAUUUUAAGUUCUCACGACUUUCCGCCCAUUAUUAGCGAGACGCUCUACCGAUUUCAUAAACAUUUUUGCGAAACCUUUUUAAAACUAGCUACUAAUCAACCUUCAAUAUUUGAUCUCAUUAAUUUGGUUAUCAAUAUCGAAAACCGAAUUGGCUCAUGUAAAAUUGACAUCGGUUCUGUCAUUAUUAAUACCUUUUUAGACUUUUAUCAACCUUACAUGAAUAGAAACGAUACAAAUUUAUCAUCAAAACUCGAACAAUUUAGGAUGAAUUUAUGGGAUAUAAUGGAAAAUGCAUGGAACUCACAAAGCCAUUCGCAACCAAUCGAUAAUUUGAUCUCUUUAAACUUCGCUGACAACCCACAGCAUGACAAUAAAUAUAAUGUUGUUAACAUCGAAACUAAUGCUAGAACCGGGAAUGAAUAUACAAAUUAUGACUCCUUUGCAAAAUUAUUUGAUAACCAAACAAUUCACUUAUCAUUUGACAUUAGGAAUGACGUUUAUUAUAAUACAAUACCUUUUUUAACUACCCAAGAAAGAUGUAGCUUCAUUUCUGGUAUGGACCUAAGAUCUAUUCUGUUCAACGCUCAACCCCUUGUAUCUAAUUAUGUUGAAAAUAUACUAGAUAAUGCUCCGAGGAUAUUAAAAACUUCAUCCGUAUACCUAUUCCCCGUAACGCCAUGGUCUAACUCUGCUAGGAAUAAUGUCAAAACCAUAAAUACCUUGAGAUUAUUGGUAGAUUUCACUUCUCGACCUAGCCUUAACCCUUCUUUAUAUUAUAUAAAUCGUAUCCUUACUCAUCACAAAUCUCUGCACAAUAAUAAUAAACACACAGAAUGCUUCUUCGAUAUAGAAUCAAAUUAUCGAUUUAUUAUCGAAUACCUAACUUUAUUCAAUUCUAGACCGAAUCAAUUAUUAUUUGGAAAUAUUAAAAAUGAGGAAAUAGAUCCUAGAUGGAAUUCCGUUUUGUACGCUGAGCCCAAGAACGACAAAAAUCUCAACAACCAUCUUAAUACGUUUAAUAUCAUGAAGGAAAUAUUGUUAUUAAAGACGUACGUUGAAUCAUCCCACCUCUACACUACUUAUAAAAGUCAUAUAAAAGAUAUCGAGCUUUACAUAAUCGACUUAUCUGGUAUCGAGGAUUUCCAUCGUUUAAUAAACCUUGUCAAUUAUGACUAUACAAAAUUGUUUUGCGUUAUCUCAUAUUUUUGCCUCUCUUGGAUUGAAAAUAUAUUUGGUGCCAUGUCGACCGAGUCCUUUACGAUCCUUGAGAUGAACGAUGAAUCUUAUAUCCAGUUUAUCAACUUAUUUUGGACUUUAUGGUAUAUGGUUCAAGUAAUCGACAAUUUCUGCGAUACACAUCUCUUCACAAAUACCAUUCUUUUAGAACAAGAUUUUUAUAUAAUACUAACGUAUUUCAUGGGGAUGAUUUGGGAAAGAGUGCAAGGCCAAAUAGACUAUUUUUCAAAAACAAACUGGUCAUCAAAUCCGAUCAAUGAGGAUUUAAUAAUUUCCCCACGAACAACUCAGUCGUUUUUAUUAUUGGAUAAAAUCUUGAGGCUUGGAUUGGAUAAACAGAGAAAUUCAUAUUUUUAUUGUUUUUAUUGGCAAAUUUAUUCUCGCGAUACAAAAGCGCUGUGUUUACUGCAAAAUCCUAAUUACGAAAACCAAUUGACUACUGAAAAGGACUUAACUAAUAAAGACUCCAAUAUUAUUGAUAAUCUAUCAUGUGACGGUUUUGAUUUUGUUGAAGUUCUUAAACGAUACUUUGAGUUGAAUUUAGGAUUCGAAAAAAAAUUAACACCAGUUCCUCAUUUAUCACAAAAUAACUACUUUGAAAAUAAAAGUUAUCAGCCUUCGUUCUAUGACAAUUCUCAAUGUUGGAAUUUAGCCUUAAAAAAUAAUAUUAUAGAAGCUUAUGUUAAUCGAUGCUUAUUCAGUAAAACGAAACAUAUUCUAGAUGAUAAUCAACUUGAGUGCUCCCAAGGAAUGGACUACCACACAGCAUCUUCUCUUUUGAUGAUUCACAACAACCACAGACAAUAUCUAUAUCGUCAUAACAAAAAUUUAUCAUUGGACGUACCUGGCAACGAUAAUACCUCGGAUUUUAUUGAAACGGAUUUGGGAAAAUUAUUAGAGAGCAAAUUUGAUUUCGUCGAUUCCUGUCUUAAUACUUUGCACAAAGAUAUAACCACGAACGCUCUAACUUAUUUGUCUCAAACCUUGACCAUCUGCAAGAGUCUUAACAUCGAUGUUCGUUCCUCUAAUGACUUGCUCGAUAUGAUAAAUUCAUACCUCACUCCAAACUUCGAACAUUCUUACAUUUAUUCUCUUCUAUCUCAUAUAAAUAAUAUUCUUAUCGAUAAUUUCUCUAACACGAAUAGUCCAAAAUGUUUUGACGAUAUGCACCUUAACAAUAAUAAAGUUGAACAAACUUUACAAAUCAUGGGAAUUAUAUCGCAAUCCGCUUUGGUUCUUAUAUCGACAUAUUAUUUGAGGCAAAAAUUUGUGAUUCCCGAUAUCGUAUUGGAUCCGUUACUUGAAUUAGCCAUGCGUCGCAAAAUUAUUGCCGAUGAAUUGACGAGUAUAAACGACGAAAUCAGAAUGAGGCGAAAACAUCACGAAAGCUUAAAUUUAUGCCUUGUAUCAGGUGCCUUUAAGGCUGAAAUUGAUCUCAAUGAUGAAGGUUUAGACGAACAUUUCUUGAAUUUAGACCACGUCCAUCCUAGAUAUAGUUACUUAAAGCAACAAAGAGAAACUUUGAAACGUUUAUUGUCUGAACUGGAUGAAGAAACCGACAUAAACAUAGAAAAUAUUCGAUCAGAUCGUGAAAAUUUUUUAGCAUUCCAACGCGAAAUACAAAGAUUUAUUUCAUCGAUUAUUACUCAUCAAAAACUCCUAGAUAUCUCUCGUUACGCUCAAAAUUUAUCUAAAAUAAUCUUUCACUUUAACCCCUCACUUUCUGAGCAAGAAAAUCAUAUUCAGAAUAUGGUUUUGAAAUUCGAUUCCCAUAUCAAUCCUUCUUUAACCUCUAUGAAAACGAAUAUCAUGGAUUUUAUUGUCAAAUUUGGCAGGAGCUAUACAUCAUACUCCGAUUUAUGGACGCCGUUCGUUAACUCCUUAGUCAUGGUACAUAGGGGCCUCAGAGGCGUGCAAUAUACAACAUCAUAUUUCGUUAAAUACCUUAAGGCGCGUUACAAAAUGACAUUUUGGGAGCUUGUAUUCUCUAACAUGUCAUUUUUUCCUCACACUGAAAAUAAUGACAUUUUGCACAUCGAGUCCGUCUAUUUCCCAUCUUCCCUCUACCUGAACUUAAUAUGCGGUCUGGAGUUGCGGAAAGUUCUAUGCGGCAAUGGGAAAAUAUCCGAAAUAACUGGCGUUUUUAUACAUUUGAAAUACCUAUUUUGGACCAUACUAUCAAUGCAUCAUCACCAGCAACCUAUAAUACAAUCAACAAAACGUAAUAAUAUCAAGUCAUUAUCUAAGCUUAUACCCCUCCCUUCAACAUCGGUAUGGGAUAAAAUUUUGGACAUUUUUGCCGAUUUGCGCCAAAAAUUAAAACCUUACGUAGUUGAUUACGAUUUGGAAUGGUUUAUAGCCAAGGAUGGUGAAACAGACAUUUAUACUGACAAAGAGAAUGAUCGUAUACUUAAAUUAUUGGAAUCCGGAGAAGUUGAAAGUCAAAUCUUUUUAAUCGAUGAAACAUCAAAGGAAAUAAGAGGGAAAAACGACGCAGUUGCUGCGCCUAAUGAAAAAAUUAUGAAAUCAUUGCUUAAAAACAAUCUCCUGCCAUAUAUUCAUUCCUUCCUUACCGUUUUUACCAAUAUUUACGGUACGAACAAAACUUCCGAACGUGACCCUGAUAUAUACUACAUGAGCUCAUCGUAUUACCAUCAUUUAACGUACAACUUGAUAAAUUCGGCAUUUUAUUAUUCGCUGAAAAAGGGUGGAGGCCGCCUAAACGAUUUUAUUUCCCCUUUACAGGAUAGAUAUUUGCUAUCCAACCACCUGGUACAUUACAAAUCUUCUACCUUUAAUUCAUAUCACCCUAACAGUAAUUCUGACGCAAUAAAUCCGUUUGUUAGCGAAUAUCCUUCUGCCACAAACAUUAUCACAUCAAAUUUAAAUGCCAUCAGUACAUACCUAUCGAACGUUCUUAAUAGUGCGGAUCACUACACUCAAAAUCAUCCUCACGUUACGGAAUUAUUUGCACUUAUGGCAAAACUCACUGGUUGUAAGGCAGAAGUCGAAUCUAAAACAAGCUUUUCAAAUUACUUAUUAAUCACUGAAAACUUGAUAAAAUGUUUUGAGACCUACGAAAAUAGUAUAGCAUCUUCUACUCCCCAAUUAUCAUUGAUUAAACAUCGAAAUAUACUUUGCAUUCAUUUCUCGAAAGCUCAAAACGCGUUUAUAGACUCGCUGAACCAAUGGAUACGAAUAAUAGAAAACGAGAUAUCCAAACUUUCUGACCUAUACUUUUUCGAUUUUUACCAAGAAAUUAAGGCUAUCUUUGUAGCGGACGACACAGGCGAAGAGCUUAGAUCUAAUGUCGAGGAAGAUAGGAAAAAAUUAUUAGCCCUCAUAUAUGAUUACCUCAUAAAAUCGCCCGUUGGUCAGUUUGAAAAAAGAAUCACACUUAUCGAAUCCUUGUUCCAUUAUUUUAAUCUCGAAUAUAGUAAUCAAGCAGCUGUAUUCCACCCUUCUUUUAAAUAUCUCGAGGCGGUUGUCAUCCAUUUCAAGACCUUUGUGCCGAUUAUCAAAAAUCAUUUACAAUCGAAUACUCCAGCAUACGAAAAAGAAUUAAAACAUGCCUUAAAUGUACAUCGGAAAAAAUUGAACGAUGGAUUAGAAUUCAAAUUACUGAUUAAAUCUUUAUACCCUAAAUUGAAGAAGAUUAGGGAAAGUUAUCAGACAAUUUUACUCGCCAGUGUGAAAGAUAAAAUUAUAUCCUCGCCCAGUCCUCCGAAUGAUUUAUUGUUGAUACGCCCUAUUCAAUUGAUAAAUAUUUAUUUGCCAAUCAUUGAAAACAACCACGAAUUUGCGCAAAUUUUAGACACGAAUAACUUGAAAUUUAAAAAGACUAUAUUUGGUAUAUCUGAGGUAUUUGAUGUCAAAAUCGCUCGAAAGUUGGAUAUUUUUGAACCAUACAACGCUCUCAUAUCGGAUUUAACUAAAAAUGUCAGCGAAGUUAAUUAUCUAGUCAUCCAGUCCAAACGUAUUUUCGAAGGAACCAAAGAACUGGCUUUCGAUCUGAGGCACAAAAAUAAACUCUUAAUAGACCUUUACAAAUCCUUUUACGCGACCGGCAUUUCCUAUGCUAAGGGGCUCACUCUUUGCAACAAAAAUUCGGCAUUAUUUCGAUAUCCUUUCAUCGAACUGUUCGUUACCUACGCUAUUUUUGAGGAUAACGAGAACGUAGAAUAUGGAUUUGUAAAACAGUUGAGAGAUGGCUUAUCUAGUAGUGACAAUAUUUUCCAUUUAGCUCUCAGAAAUGUUUUCAACUUUCACGAACUCAUUCUUACGGAUAGCGCCAAGGACAUUGACAGGAUACAUAUGGUCAGAUGUCACGGCAUAAUGGACUAUUUGUUUUUCGCGGUGUCUCGACAAAGACAAAAUUUAGACCGUAUAAUAAAUGAUAUUUUGCGAAUGAAAGUUUUACAUGACAAAGUUAAUGACUGGUUUUAUGUUCCCCGAUUAGCUUAUUGUUACGAACAUUUCAGCGAAGAUUUUUACAACAUAUUGCGGAAAUUUAAUCAGCUAUGCUUAAACGUUUCCAAUACCAUCGACCGAUUAUGUAUCAUUUUAUCUGAUGCCAAGACGAAAUCUGACUUUGAAGUAUACGCUUCUGCUAUUAAAGGACUAACUCGGCAAUCCGCAGCGAUGAUAAAUAUCGAACUCGAUAUUAAUCUUCAUCCUCUUAAAAAUGAGGAUAGAAUCGAUAACAAUCUAAUCAAAACAUCCGCUAUCAUCACCAAGAACCAAAUAAACUUUUUAAAAAAUGGUCUCACCUAUUUAUCCCGAAACUUUAACACAUUUUUGUCAAAUUUAUUGGCCAAGAAUAAUAACAGCGAAAAAAUAGAAAAUGGAGGAGUAGAUUCAAUGAUACUUAAAAGCCCGCUUAUAUCUUGCGAUGUUAUGGGAUCCUAUACUCAGCAAUUUUUCGCAUUGCAAAACGAAUUCGAAACAUUUAGCUCCACAUAUUGUAUCGAGAAUUCACCUAAAAUCGAGGAAGAGAAUAUAUUAUUAGCCGAUGAUUUCCUAGAGCCAAAUAGUGAAAAUGAUGACUUGAGCGAAAGAUUGAUCCGUAACCGAUUUUUACAAAUCUGGCACCAUAAAUUGAACAAAAUGGCGCUGUUUAUGGAAAACUCGGAAGUGGCUAAACAUUUAAAUAUUCUGGAUUCAAAUAAGGUCGAUAAUCAAACCUCAAAUUCAUCUUCUUGCGCAUUGCAAAUGAUACCGUUUGUCGAAGGCAUUUUUAGUCAGCUCUUGGAUAUAUUUGAUUUUUCUAAAUUAUUAACGAAUUUAAACACUUCUUAUUGGAAUUACCACGAAGACAAAUUCAUUUUAUCUUUCACUAUCAACGCCAUCAUAGAAAAAUCAUAUAUGGUAGCACAACGUUAUUUCAACUUCCACCUCAGUAUCUUGAACCUUUUUAAUCUAUCUUCGGAAUUGUUUUAUGGCUUCAUUCAAAAAGGUUACGGAAGCAAACUCAAACAACCUACCGACAAUUCUGAUAAAUCUGUCGUUAAUAACAAUCCUAACCCUAAACAACAGGAUGGUACUGAAGAAAUAGCGGACUCAGAAAAUUGUGGUAUGGGUGAAGGGCAGGGCCUCAAAAAUGUCAGCGACCAAAUGGAGAAUUUGGAUCAAAUUGAAGGUUCAACUCAGAAAGAAGAAUUUAUGGAUGAUAAAUAUGAAACUAAAGAUAAAAGUUCCAAAGAUGAAAUGGCAGAUUUUGACGAUGAAGCCAUAGAGCUCCCCAAUGAAAUUGAAGAUGACUAUAAAGAUGAUGAUCAAUUCGAUUAUGAAAAGAAUUUUGCUAAUGACAUAGAUGACCCGCAAAACGUAGACGAUCUUAAAAACGAAUGGGAUGCCUCUGAUCCAAACAUUUCUAAUCCCGACACCGACCUAAUUCCCCCUUCAAAUGCUACGAAUGAAUUUGACGAAUCCAGUCUGAAAGAAGCCAUAAAAGAACAGCUGAAAAGGAAUGAUGACCUCGAAAAAAAAAAUUCUUCGAAUCCCGAAAACUCUAAAGGUAAAAGGACCGAGAUAGAUCAAAAAAUCGGCCAAAAACUUGAAAGUGUAAAAGAAUCGGAAGAACACAAAGGAGAAGAUUUGGAUAAUACUGAAACGAUGACCGAGGAUGAUUUGGGUGGAGAUACGAAUGAUGAAGAAUUUAAUAAAGCUAACGAAGAAAAUGGGAAUGAGGUUGAUAGAGAAACGGGAGCAAAAAAUAGCACGCAACUAGAAGCCGCUACUUCAGGUCAGGAAAAAACCUUUGAUAAUGAGCAGAACAAUCUUGAAGAGAAUGAUGCGAGAUUUGAAGCUAAGAAGGAGGGUGAAGAAGCCAACGAUAUAGAUGAUCUUGAUCAAAAUUUGGAAAGCAAAAAGUUAAAUAACGAAAUCUUUGAUCUUGAUGAUGAUCUUGAUGAUGAAGAAGAAUCACACUCUCUGGAUCCAAAUUUAAACCAUCUCCUCGAACCUUUAUCAUUGAACGAAGAAAGUUUAAUUAGUGAUGCAGAUGAGAAAAAUAUUGAUCAAGAUGAUGGUGGGAUCAAAGAUGUUGAUGAUUCGGUUGAUUUAGACCAUCCUGAAAUCCAGAAAAUUAAUCCUCAAGCCUCAGAAUUUGAAGACCUUUACUUGAACGACAUGAAGGAUGAAGAGAUAGAAAAAAAUGCUAGUGAAAAUGUAUCACCUGUAAAUGAUGAUAAUAAUGCUCAAAAUGGUAUGGAUGGCGGUAGAGUUAGUAAAGAUGAAAUGCCUGGGCCUAAUAGUCAUGGCAAAGACAAAAAUUCAGCGGAUAAUAUGAUUGAAGAUGGUGGUGACUCUUCUGAAGGAAACGCAUCUCUUAUCGAUGCAACCACUGGAAAAAAAAAUAAAACGAGAUCCAACAACAGACGCCAAAGAAAGAAGAAAAAAAUGAGAAAACAAAAUCUUCCUUUACCUUCUCAAACAGAGAAUCGCGAAAAUGAACCGAACAAAAAAUCCGCAGAUGAUGAUAUUAUCGAGAUUUUAGACGAUGAUAUCCGAGAUGGUGCUAUCGACGCUGAAAACAAAAUUUCCAAGUUUGAAAUGGACGAGAAAACAGUCUACCAUAAGCCAGAACAUAAUGAUGAUUUAGGAGACGAAGAUGGUGAGGAAAUGACCAACACCUUGGAAAAAAAAUUACAAAAAAACAAUUCUGAUUCCUUUACCCCCGGUGCCAAAUCUAAAAUUCUUAAUCCAAGCCAUGAUGAAAUAAUCGAUUUAACUCAAGAAGACUCUAACCCUCAAGCAGAUAUAGAAGAAAUCGGAGAAGAGAAAAUUAUAAAAAAUACACCACGAUCCCCCAAAGAUUAUUCCAAUGACAAAAAUGAUGACGUCAAUAGGCGAGCUAAGUUUAUAGAAUCGCUUAGAGAGGAAGAAGACAGGAAAAAAUGUAGCGAGAAAAAUUUAGGUGAUGAUCUGGAAAAUUUGGAAGAGAUGGCCACGAACGUUUUAGUUUCCACGUAUUAUGAUAAAGUAGAUUUGUAUGAUCAACAAAUGGAAACGGGGCUCGAAGAGAAUAAAUCGAAUGAAAUGGAUUUUGGAUUGAUGGACUUGAACAAAUCUAUAGCUCUUGAAGAUUCAGAUAAAAACAAAGAUAUCAUUGAGUUAUACGAUGAAAAUUCAAACUUCGAAGCUCAACAAUUAUGCGAACAACUCAAAAUUAUUCUUGAGCCAACAACGGCUUCUAGAUACAAAGGAGACUACAAAACGGGCAAAAGAUUAAACAUGAAAAAGAUAGUCGAUUACAUAGCCAGCGAUUACAGGAACAACAAGAUAUGGAUGAGGAAAACUAAAUUGGCCAAACGAGAUUACAAUAUUAUUAUAGCGUUAGAUGACUCAACCAGCAUGAAGGAUAAUAUGUCUCGAGAGAUGGCUGUUAAAGCGUUAUCCAUCAUUAAUAAAGCCUUUUCCUUGUUGGAAAUCGGCAAUCUAUGCAUAUGCAAAUUCGGCAGAGAGGUUCAAAUCAUGCAACCCUUUAAUCGCAAACUAACCGAACACGAAAUGAUCCAAGCUUUAAGACAACAUUUGACUUUCGAUCAAAUAAACACAGACUUCCCCGCGCUUUUAGAAUUCGUUCAACAAUACUUCGAUCAAAAUAAUCGCCUUAAAGGGGUUAACCGAAACGUUAAUAAUGAAAAUCUAUUAUUCGUUAUAUCCGAUGGUAGAGGUGUAUUCGGAAAUGGGAUGGACAAUAUAAGAAAUUCCGUAUCUUCCCUCCUCUUUAAUAAUAUAUUUUCCGUGUUUAUCAUUCUCGAUAAUCCUCGUAACAAGAAUUCGAUUUGCGACAUAAAAAUUCCAUUCUUUUCCAAUACAUCUGAAAUUCCUGAGAUCAAAAGUUAUUUGGAAUUUUUUCCUUUCCCAUUUUAUAUAAUAGCUAAAGAUAUUGAAGCAUUAUUAACUGUUUUUCCCGAAGCCCUUAAACAAUGGUUCGAAAUGAUUGUAUCGCGUCGUUCUUAAUAAAAAAAAUUAUGCCAUUUUCGAUAUUAUUUUAUAUGUAUAAAUAUAAUA